GACACUUGCAAUUGGUGUUCCCAGUCGAAAGCAACUUGCACUUGAAAUGAAAGUUUUCACCACGAUCUUGUUCCUGGGCUUGUGCCUUAGUGGCAUUCGGGCGCAGGAAGAGUUGGAGAGCAUCGCUGAUCUGCUGAAGGAUAAUGCCAGGGGCGUGGAGACAGCCAAUGUACUCCUGACCAGGAUUGCAGCAGUCAGCGAGGAGACACAGGCUGGUUUGGUCGACCAAAAGGAGGCCCUAAAAGCUCUUACACUCAUAGAGGAACUGCUGGCCAAGCUGACGCUCACUCUGGAGGCCAGUUCCCAGAAUCUGGUGGCCACCCUCUUGAACAUCUCCAAACAGGGUGAGCAGUAUGGACAUCGCACGGAGGCAGAGCUUCUGGAACUGGCCCGCCUGCAGGAGGGCACCAAAGAGCUGAUCAAUGUGCUGGAGGCCAAAUUGGAUGCCUACCAGAGGCAUGUGCUCCACAAUUCCCGCAACAUUGACAAGAGCAUCGAUGGUCUGGCCAAACUGAUCACCAGGACGGUGUUGCCACAACUUAAUGGACUGAAGUGCACCUUUGAUAGCUUGGAAACGUCCCAAAUCAACGUGGAGGUGGAGCUUAAGAGCCUGGCCGCAGUCAGGGAACUUGGCGAGAACUCGUAUCACAAGCUAAACGUGCUGGAAUAUCAAUUGAAGCAGCUGAAUCACACCCAAGAGCAGCGCCUGGACACUUUGAUCGAUGCCGUGAAGCAUUUGCAGCCUCUUAGCUCCCGGAAAGUUGAGGCAGCUCUGCGUGAACUGAUCAUCUCCCAGAAACGCAUCGAACUUGAUCUGGAUGAGUGCAGUCGGCACCAGGCCUAUCCGCAAUACGGCUAUCAGGAUGAGUCCUAUCUGCCCACCUAUGGAGGCGAGGUCCCAGAGCCACAGCAUUCUCAGCCCAAGCCCAAGCAAGUGGAUCUGGAGCAGGUGUGGAGCAUCAAGGAGCCGCCAAAGCAGGGGGAACACUCCGGAAGCUACAGGGUGACUGCCUAUGCCCAAUCACCUGAGCCCAGGGAGAACCAACAGAGAUCCAGUGCUGUGUCCUGGCGGCCAACGUUGCCCUGGGAGAAUGCCUCUCCGUACCAGCCCGCCCCGGUUCAACGUCACCAGCCAUGGAAGCCAGCUCCUGCCAACGGUCCCACCUCCCAGCCCAAGCGGAAUCCAAACCCCAAGGAAGAACACUCCGUUCCUGCGCCGCCUUCGCACCAGUCUCCCAAUCCUGAAGGCCACAAGCCUCCUGUAGAGCACAAGCCGAUAUCUAACCAAGAGCAAUCCCAGAAACCCCAACCCAACCCCGAGCAAUUGCAGAAACCCCAACCCAAUCCCGAGCAAUCCCGAAAACCCCAACCUAACCACGGACAACCUAACCACGGACAAACUAACCACGGACAACCUAUCCACGGACAACCUAUCCACGGACAACCUAACCACGGACAACCUCAAUCAUCCCACAAGCCGCAAUCUAACCAAGAGCAAACUCACAAGCCCCAAUCGUACCAGCAGCCAUCUUACAAGCCAGAACCCAUCCAACCAGGAGAGUCUUUCAGGAUUUGGUACGGAGAUAGUUCACUACCCCAAGGAUAUUAAAGGCAUAUCAAACUGGCACAUCAAAGAUUCCCGAGAGUAACAACACGUUUAGAAAAAAUUUAUAAAAUAUCCCCAUAGAAAAUUAUAAUAUCCAUUUUACUGCAUUUUUAUAUGUUUUAAUAAAUAAAUAAUAAAGGAA